UGAACCAGAUCCUGCCCAUUUUGUGUGCCACCAAGCGCUCAUCCAGCGCAGGACUACAGGCUUUUUAUUCUUACCGUAGUCAGCAAACUCCCAUCAACUCCUACCGAACUCGCAGCUCUCGCAUUUCAAUGGACGGCUUUGCGGCGAGAUAUCUCGGGUGGUGGGCUAAUGGCCGCCGCUUCCUCUGUUUGCCAGGAAGAGGAACCCCUUUCUUCUCUUCGAAGUCUUCGACGGGUGCCUGCGAUCCCAUCGGCGAAGGUGCAGAGCCCUACAUUCCUGUCCUGAUCGUAGGGGCCGGCCCAGUUGGACUUGUUCUCUCAUUUCUCCUUACGAAAUUAGGUGUCAAGUGUGCAGUCUUGGAGAAAAAUCCUGCUUUCUCCCAACAUCCACAAGCACAUUUCAUUAAUAACCGAUCUAUGGAGCUUUUUCGCAAAAUGGAUGGGCUUGCAGAGGACAUCCAGAAGUUGCAGCCACCAGUAGAUUUAUGGAGGAAGUUCUUCUAUUGCACUUCUGUUUCUGGUACCAUUCUUGGGUCAGUAGACCACAUGCAAACUCAAGACUUUGAUAAGAAAGAAAGCCCUGUUUCUGUUGCCCACUACUCGCAGUACAAAUUGAUUAGACUGCUACUGAAGAAGUUAGAAAGGUUGGGCUUCAAGUUAUGUUCGCUUGAUGAACUUCAAAAGUUAAAUCAUUGUAUGCUUCAGGAGAAAAGGAUUCUCAUGGGUGCUGAAUGUACGUCCAUCAAACCUACAUUGGAAGGUGUCAAAGUAGGUAUUUCUUUGCUCAAGGACGGAAAAGUAGAAGAGAUGAAUUUCCGUUGCAGUUUUGCCAUUGGGUCAGAUGGUGCAAGGAGUACCGUUAGGAAACUAGUUGGUAUAACAAUGCAAGGUGAACGGGACUUGCAAAAGCUUGUAAGCGUCCAUUUCUUGAGCAAAGAUCUUGGACAAUACCUGUUGCAUAAGACACCUGGAAUGCUCUUUUUCAUUUUCAAUCCUGAGGCUAUUGGUGUUCUAGUUGCACACGAUCUUGAUGAAGGGGAGUUUGUGCUGCAGAUUCCAUAUUAUCCUCCUCAACAGAACUUUGAGGAUUUCAGUUUCAAGGUCUGUGAAGAAAUCAUUUUUAAACUGGUUGGAUGGAAGCUUGACGAUGUUGAGGUUAAAGACAUAAAACCAUGGGCGAUGCAUGCUGAAGUUGCUGAGAAAUAUGUUUCAUGCAAUGACAGAGUAAUACUUGUUGGCGAUGCUGCUCAUCGUUUCCCACCAGCUGGUGGUUUUGGAAUGAACACUGGCAUUCAGGAUGCACAUAACUUAGCUUGGAAAAUAAGCCUGCUACUGGAUAAUGUGGCUUCAACCUCCAUCAUCAAGUCAUAUGAGAUUGAGCGCCGACCAAUUGCCAUUUUUAAUACAACACUAAGCGUUGAGAACUUUAAAUCUGCAAUGUCCAUUCCAGCUGCACUAGGUGUCGACCCAACUAUUGCAAACUUAGUACAAAGAGUGAUGAAUAGCUUUGGCUCCAUUUUCCCUGAUAGCUUUCAGAAAGUUGCAUUGGAGCGAAUCUUUUCUUUGGGUAGGGCACAACUUUCUCCAUUCAUUCUGAAUGAAAAGAAUCCCAUUGGCUCUGUGAGGCUUGCAAGACUUAAGAAGAUAUUUGAUGAGGGAAAAAGCCUUCAACUCCAGUUUCCUGCUGAGGAUCUUGGUUUCAGAUACAUUGAAGGAGCUUUAGUUUCUCAGAAUAAUGAUAAAACUUGGGAAAGAGGUUGUGUUAAUUAUUUUAAGCGGGGGUCAAGGAGCUAUGUUCCUUCAUCGAAACCAGGAGCAAGGUUGCCGCACAUGCAAAUUAAGGCAUUAAAAGCUUCAUCAAGUGAGGAUUUACUUUCUACUUUGGAUCUGGUUCCCGCGGACAAAAUUGAAUUUCUUCUCAUAAUAGCUCCAGUCAAGGAGUCUUAUGAUCUUGCAUGCAUGGCGUUCAAGACAGCCGAAAAUUUCAAUGUCUCACUUAAGGUAUGCAUCCUCUGGCCUCAUGGUUCGUCUUUAAAGAUUCCAAAUUGUAGCAGCACAGAAUUGGAGCCAUGGAGGAACUAUAUAGAUGUUGUAGAAGUUAAGAGCCAAGCUUCUGGGUCAUGGUGGGAGAUUUGUCAUUUAUCAAGCAAUGGAGUUUUACUAGUCAGACCUGAUGAGCAUAUUGCAUGGAGCGCAGAAUCCAACAAUAUUGAAGAUUCUGCUCGUGAAUUAGAGAGAGUCUUCUCUCUAAUUAUGGGAAAGAGUCCAUAAAAUAGAGCCUAUUGAACCAACUGGUUGGGAAGGAAAGAAAGUGAUGAGUGGCGUUCAUCCAUUAUGCCGGGAAAAGAUCCGACGACCCAACUGGUGCAGACUGGGACGGAAAAGUAUUUAAAUUUUCUUUGUUACUUCAUUUGGUCUAAAGAAUAAAGUUAUUUUAACGUUAUUUAGUGAAUAGUUUUGUAAAGUAUGACAUGGUUAUGAAUUAAUAAAGACCCAGUUUUGUUAACUA